AUGAGGCUCAGCCAAAAUGUGAGUAUUGCCACGCUACAGAUCGACGAUGCGUUUAUCCCAGCAACUUCCAAAAGCAACUUCAAAUUUCCCCAGACUGCCGUUGAUGGUCUGGGGCACUUCGAGUUGGCUCGUCAAAAUAAAAGAAGAUACAAUACCAAAGAGAAUAUCGGAAACAUCAGUUUGACUUACCAGACUCUCCUCGGAUCGUCAUACUUGAAUUUGUCUAGGUUUGAGCUCCGUAUUCUUAAAUUCUUCAACGAUAUCUGCAUUCCAUUUUUGACAUUCGAGGUCAACAAGAGGCACGAUUAUGUCUAUAAGCAUGUGAUGCCCACGUACUUUACCUCUUCCCGAUUGUUGAGACAAACCAUCUUCUCAUUCGGAUGCCUUGGACUCUGGCCCUUUUUGGAGCUUGAUGUCGAGGCCAAUUUUGCCAACGAAUUUGAGUUACUUCUGCUUCAGGAGAGAGAUGUUGGUGGUGUGUCAAAUGUUCUUCAAGAUCCCCACAUUUUUGAUGAGAACGAAGAUUCCAACGUAUUUCGACGCACGGCAAAUUACUAUUCAGAAGUAUUGGCGGAAUCUCGAAGUAUAUUGCUAGAAUUACAGUCCCAACAAGAUUCUUUGCAAAAUCAGGGGCCAGAGAAACUUACUGGUUUGAUGCUCUCCAGCUGGUUGAUCUUCGGCUUCCUUGCAUGUCAUCCACAUCGGGUUGUGCCACUCAUUUGCUUUCCAGAGGAAGACACUCAUGAAGUAGAUGUUUUGGAAUUGGUAUCUGGAAUGGUUAAUCUCUCGCUGGGUUCGCUUAAUACACUCCGCAAGUCUGAUAUAGGUGAUUUGUUCGAGAACGACGAGUUGGCCAUGAUCACCACCAGCAAAGUGAAAAUAGUAGAUGAGUUACGGAAACAGUUGUAUUCAUACUACCAUUCGAUUGACUUUGUGGAUCUAGGACCGCAAUCUGUGCUGGAAAUUCAGAGUUUGAACCAUGCACUUGAUAUGUUGGCCAAAGCAAUAGCACUUUCUGUCAAGUUCAACUAUCCUGUGGCCCUUUUUCGCUGGCUAUUCACAAUAAACGUAGACUUUGGACAAUUAGCACGAAAGAAGAAUCCAAUGGCCUUGAGGAUUCUCUUCGUGUACUCAUGUUUAUGUCUAUACUGUCGAUUCUGUCUACAUUACGAAUGUAUCUGGAGAGACUACAUCAAGUGGUUCCAUGACGAACAUAUUCCCCUUAGCGAAUUUGACAACAGAAUAUACCACUAUGUCAUCAUACGCGACCAGAAAGUGAUCAACGACAAGUAUCAUUUUUUGUCCAAGUUCGAUAUUUGGCAAAAUGAGUUUGACAUAAAAUAG